CAACAAUUAGACCCAAGAUCAGUGUUUACUCUGAGGCAGGUGACAGUAGUAUUGACAACAUCACACUACCAGCAGUGUUUAAAGCACCCAUUAGACCUGAUAUUGUUAGAGUAGUUCACACCAAUAUUUCAAAAAAUAAUCGUCAACCUUAUGCCGUCUCAUCAAAGGCUGGUCAUCAAACAUCUGCUGAAUCUUGGGGUACUGGUCAUGCUGUAGCACGUAUCCCUCGUGUAUCUGGAGGCGGAACACAUUGUGCUGGUCAGGGAGCUUUUGGUAAUGUGUGUCGUGGAGGACGUAUGUUUUCACCUAUAAAAACUUGGUGUAAGUGGCAUGUUAAAACCAAUUUAAAUCAAAAAAGAUAUGCCAUUGCAUCAUCAUUAGCAGCAUCAUCAGUUCUGGCUUUAGUUUUAGCACUUGGACAUAGAAUUGAAGAGAUUCAAGAAGUUCCAUUGGUGAUAGGUGAUGUAUCCAAUUCUCAUAAAUUGAGGGCUGGCAAGGGGAAAAUGCGUAAUAGGCAUCACAGACAACAUAGAGGACCUCUUAUUGUUUAUAAUACUGAUAAUGGAAUUGUUAAGGCAUUUCAUAAUAUUCCUGGCGUUGAAGUAGUUAAUGUUAGAAGUUUGAAUUUAUUACAGUUAGCACCAGGUGGUCAUUUGGGUAGAUUUAUUAUCUGGUCUCGAAGUGCUUUUGCUUUGUUGGAUUGUUUGUUUGGCACCUAUAGAAGAUCUUCUUCUAUGAAGAAGGAUUAUCGUGUCAUGAUUCGUCUUAAUCCUUAUGCUAAAAUAUUGAAAAGAGGUGAAAUUAUACAUGCUGAAAAAUUGAAAUCUGGUAAAAUCCAAAAGAGUAAACGUCAAGCAAAGGCUAGUACCAAGGCAUCAGAAAAAUUUUUGAGUAUUUUGUUAUCAGAUAAUUAA